AUGUGGCGCCUACAUUUGUUCCUACUCCUCUCCACCUGUUUUCUGGUGCCCCACGAUGCCAAGCCUACGAAGCGAUCGCCGCUGGAGUUUUCCUCGACCACAUUGGCCUCGCUGCUCCUGGAGACGCAAACUAGCGAGUCGAGCACUGGAACCACCGAUCAGCUGAUCACAAGCACCGAGUCGACGUCACCGAGAACGCCGUCGCGAGUCACCAAUAUCGGACGUUUGGCCUCCAAGGAUCUGGCCGAUCUGCUCUUGGCCAGCAUGCAGGCACGUGGCGCCAAGCUGACUUCCUUCCAGGAGUCAACCAUGAAAUCGCUGCGCAGCGAGGAGAGCAAGGACAUCAAAGGCAACAACGUGUUCCUGCAGGUGGGCAUGGAUGUGAUCAUUGACAUUCUGAUCGGAGCUCGGGACAAUGCCACGUGUGGAAGGAUCAUCCGGGAUAUCGAUCAGUCGCAGGACAGGAAUAGCCUAACCUUGACCCUCAAGUCCUUUUUGGCCCUGUGCUUCUUCAAUGGCAUCGAGUGCGCCAAGGAGGAGGUGGGCCAGGUGAUCAAGAGCACCCACUCGCGUCAGCGCCACCAGUCGAAGGAUCAGGACCAGGAUCAUCACCAGCAGACGGAGGGCUCCGGUCUGCGUACCGCCCGUCGGGUGGGCGUGGCCAAGGACGAUCGCAACACGGUGCUGAAGUUCCUGCAGGCACGCAACAUCAACGAGCUGAGCGCCAUCCUGAAUACACUGCUGCAGGUGUGCGGAGCUUCGGGCGGAGAGGCGCACAAGAUCAUCCGGAAUUUGCGAGAGAUGGGUCCCGACAGCGUCAGUCUGCUGCAGGUGAAUGCUUUUAGCAUGCUUUCCGUAUCGCUGCUCGACAGUUUGUCCACCAUUGCCGGGGGCAAGACUAGUGGCCUGUGCUCCGCCGCCCCCGAAAGUUGGAUCGUCCGCCUGCUGGCCAUGGGCGUAGACAAAGUGGUCCUAAUGGGUCUGAUGACUGCCCUCGAUCGCACAAUUGCCACCUCGACCGCCACAACCGCCGAAAUGGCUAAUGCCGCAGCCCUAAAUACCCUGAAUGGAGGCGACCUCACCGAUCCCAAGACCCAAGUGGCCCAAGAGUCGGUGGCCACCGCAAAGCGAGCCGUGGGUAACGAUUUCGAUUUGGCACCUUCAGUCGUAGAGACUGGUACUGCAAACACUGUUAAUGAUGCUAUUAAUGCCAAUAUUCCCGUCGGAGCUGAUCUUCCCAUUCUAAGUGAGAUUGAUGGCAAUGGAUUCACUGGCAACGUUCUGAAUCAGGGAUCUGAUGUGGUGGUCGAAGGACAAGCAAACACUUUCAAUCGCUUACUGGGUGCCAAAGCUCCCGUUUUAGCGAGUGUGCCGGUAAUUUCUAGGAUCAACACUGGAAGUAGCUCUUCGGGAACUCCAUCUAGUUCAUCUGGCUCCCCAAGUUCGGGAUCUUCUGGUUCGUCAAGCUCGGGAUCUUCUGGUUCCCCAAGUUCAGGAUCUAGCUCUUCGGGAAGUUCAUCGGGGGCUGGUAACGAUUUCAACUUGGCGCCCUCUGUUGUGGAAAGUGGCACUGGAAACACGAUUAAUGAUGCCAUCAACGCCAAUAUUCCCGUCGGAGCUUUUGCCCCCGUUCUAAGUGAUCUCGAGGGAAAUGGUUUCACCGGCAACGUUCUCAAUCAGGGAUCUGAUGUGGUUGUCAAGGGAACGGGAAACACUUUUAACCGCCUGGUGGGAGCACGAGUUCCAGUUUUGGCGAGUGUUCCUGUUUUGUCGAGGUCAAACAGCGGAAGUGGAAGUACAUCGUCUAGCUCCCCAUCUAGUUCCUCUUCUUCCUCGAGUCCGUCUACCAGUUCGGGAUCUUCUGGCUCAACGAGUACGGGAUCGAGUGGUUCUUCCAGUUCGGGAUCCACUGGCUCCUCUGGUAGCUCUUCAUCUUCCUCUGGCACUCCCAGUUCUUCCAGCUCAUCUGUAAUCGGCAACAAUGUGAAUGUUAAAGGCGAUACCAUUACCGGCAAUAAGAACUUCCUUUUCAAGUUACUGGAUCUUGGACUGCCAAUAUCUCUCGCCGCUCCGGUUCUUAGUAUCAUUAAUCAGGGCUCGACGACAACGGGCUCUUCCAGUGGUUCUUCAGGUGGUUCCUCGAGUGGUUCUUCAAGUGGUUCUUCAGGUGGUUCUUCAAGUGGUUCUUCGAGUGGUUCAUCGAGUGGUUCUUCGAGUGGUUCCUCCAACGGAUCCUCCCCAGGAGCCUCAGUGGGAAACAAUGCCAACAUUGAUCCGAAUGUUGAUAUCGUGGGUGAUCAAAACGAGGUUACCAAAGUGGUUGAUGCCAACGUUGAUGCCUUGGCCAAUGUCCCCGUUCUUAGCCAAAUAACCGGAACGAGCUUUGCCAAUAAUCUGAAUCAAAAGCCCAACAUUCGCAUUAGAGGUAGUCAUAAUAAGGUCACCAAGGUCGUAGACGCCAAUGUUCCAGUUUUGGCGGCUGUUUCGGCCAUCAGCAAUUUAAGCGGUCAGUCCUCAAGUGGGGGAUCAUCUAGUGGGGGAUCUUCUAGCGGUGGAAGCUCCUCUCCAUCCUCCGGAGCUCUGGGUGGAUUAAGUGGUCUCACUGGAGGAUCAGGAUCAGAUAACCUUCUUAGCGGUGUUCUUGGAACCGUGACUGGAACUGUCGGCGGAGUGGUUGGCGGUGUUGUUCCGGUAGUGGGACCCGUUCUCGGUGGUGUUGUGGGUGCAGUAAGUCCCGUUCUCGGUGGUGUGGUGGGUGCAGUGGAGCCCGUUCUUGGUACAGUUACCAACACAGUUGGUGGCCUCCUCGGCGGCGUAACUGGUUCUUCCGGUUCUGGAUCCUCCAGUCCCCUGGGCGGAGUUACCAGCAUUUUGGGAGGCGGCUCUGGAUCCUCCAGCCCUCUCGGUGGUGUUACCAGCAUUUUGGGAGGCGGCUCCUCUGGCUCCUCCUCCUCCGUAAUUGGAAACAGUGCCACUAGUGGAGCCGACACCGUGAUCAAGGGAGACAAUAACAACUUCGUUCGGUUGGUGGAUGUCAGUGGAUUCGUUCUGGCCGACAUUCCCAUCCUGAGCAGCAUAACCAAUCUUUUGGGUUCCACUGGACUGAUUGGCAACUCGGCGAAUAAGGGUCCCAAGACGGUGGUUAUCGGCAAUAAUAAUCGCAUAGUGAAGCUGAUCAACGUGGACCUGUGGGUGUUGGCCUUCCUCGAUGUUCUCAAUAUAAUCCGCGGAAGUGGAGGCGUUUGCAACCAGCUGAACUCUGGACCCAAUACUGAGAUCAUUGGCGAUAACAACGAUGUGGUUCAGUUGGUUGAUGUGGAUCUGAGUGUGCUGCUUGUGGUGGAUCUAUUGAGCCACUUGAUCACCACUGUGGCCAAUGACUGCGGCACCACCACCACAACAACCACCACUACAGAAACACCUCCGACGGUUCAACCCCCGACGGUUCAACCUCCGACGGCUCAGCCCCCAACGCUUCAGCCCCCUACUGUUCAGCCACCCACUGCUGAGCCUCCCACGGAACAACCGCCCACCUAUGGGCCACCCACAAACGAACCACCCACGAAUCAGCCACCCACCAAUCAGCCUCCCACCAAUCAGCCUCCCACCAACCAGCCUCCCACCAAUCAGCCACCCACCAAUCAACCUCCCACCAAUGAGCCACCCACCAACCGGCCUCCUACCAAUCAACCACCCACCAACAGGCCACCCACCGAUCAGCCACCCACCAACCGCCCACCGUCGCCCAGUCCCAACAACUGCUAUCGCAGAUAUUGCCGCAAGUGGCGCACUCGGCCCAGCUAUUUGUGCUACAAGAACUGCGGUGGAGCCUACACCUACAAGCCCUAAGACGCUGACCUUGCACCACCCGACCAACGAGCACAACCACCGGAAGCAGGAGAACCAGCGGAACCGGAACCG